UUUGACCCGGAAGUAAAUGUUCACAUGUAAUACCAUAGAAAAAUACGGACGCAGGGGAGUGUGCGGUGUGUUUUGGUUGUCAUUGAAUUAGUGUUUUUUCAUUGACGUGUAUGAUUAUUGUGUUCUUUGUAUCGAAGUUCUUGGGUUGUAUUCACACGAUUGUCUCCAGGAUGCUGCAGCUCAGUGCUGUGGCGCGCCUGUGUGUGCGGGUGUCAGCAUCAGGUGUCUCCUGUGCACCUCUCUCAUUGGACAAAACAUGGCCACUCUCCCAAACAAGACCACACCCUGCCUUUCUCCACCUCCUGUCUCCUGUGACAACCACUGGCCUGGUGCCCUGCCGAAGUGUAACCACACAAACAGGUGGCUGGUAUGAGAGCCUUGCAGACUCAACAGCUGUGCACCUGAUGGAACAACUCCUCAUAUCUACCCAGAAUGCAACAGGCCUGCCCUGGUGGGCCAGCAUCAUCACCACAACGUUUGCAUUGAGGACUGCUGUCACAUUGCCUCUGGGGGUCUACCAGUCCAUCAUCAUUGGCAAGGUUGAAGCUUUGCAGCCUGAAAUAGCUGAGCUCGCCAAGCGUCUCCAUUAUGAGGUGUCAGUCAAAGCCAAAGACAGAGGAUGGACUGAGAAGACUUGCAGGUACCAGUUUAAGAGGAAUCUAAAGCGUAUCGUGUCAGAGCUGUAUGUGAGGGAUAACUGCCACCCGUUUAAGGCCAGUGUCCUGGUGUGGGUGCAGCUGCCCAUGUGGGUGUGUGUGUCCCUCGCACUACGCAACAUCAGCCUUGGAGCUACACACUCACCCUCAGUGAUUGAGGACUUAGCUGUAGGGGGCGCUCUCUGGUUCUCUGACCUCACUCUGCCUGACUCUACCUGGAUCUUACCAGUCAGCCUGGGCCUCACCAACCUCCUCAUCACAGAGAUCUUUGCUCUCAGGAGGCUUGACGCCUCAAAGGUCCAAAAGUACGCCACCAAUUUCAUCAGAGGAAUCUCCGUACUGAUGAUCCCCAUAGCAGCUACUGUACCGUCAUCCAUGGCGAUGUACUGGUUGAGCUCUAGUCUGGUGGGUUUAGGCCAUAACCUUCUGCUGCGUUCGCCCCGUUUCCGACGACUCUGUUGUAUCCCGGCAACUCGUGGUGACUCGGAUACGCCUUACAGGGACCUGGCUGCUGCCGCCGUUAGUAAAUAUCUGAAGUAGGGCAGCUCCCCAGCAGCACAACAGACCUUUACAGAUCUCCAGGACCGCUGCAGACCAUUACAGACGGUCUGGUCUCAACUAGAACAGGACUGAAGGAAGAAGUAGGACAGUCUGGAGUCCACACGUGCACAAAGCACACACACACACACACACACACACACACACUCACACACACACACACACACACACACACACACACACACACACACACACACACUCAGGGUGCUUGGCCUCAUGCUUGUGCUUGAACUCAUCUCCUCACCUCCUCACCUAAAUAUGGGGUUUAUUUGUAUAGUGAUCUAAAGAGUUGUCUUGACUAUGUGGUUUUGAGAAUGUAUAUAUAUAUUUAAUGUUUUCCUGUGUCUGUUGAAGAAUGCUGACGGUUUUGCUUUCUAUAAGUGUACAGUGUGUUGUAUUCAGUCAACCUCAGAAGGUUCAAAUAAAGUGCAGAAGCCAUCUGUGGCGAUGA